CGAGCGGGAUGCUGAGCAACCACUCUCUGAUUUUGCGGCUGUACACUCUGGCACCUGCAAGAAAACACCCAAUGGGUCAGACUGGAUCCGAGAGGGCAGAAAGACGCUUGCACAAGUGACUGCUCUUCACGUAAACAUGGGAGUGCAGAAAGCAAUUGAUGGCGUUUCCCCGUCCAGCACAUCAAGUGAGCAGGACUCGCUCAGAGACUCGAGCCAGUCCAACUACAGCUCAAUCGUUGAUCACAAUGAGCUCCACCGCAAAAUUAAAGAGGAUUUGGGCCCUACGGCAGCGCGCAGAACAAACUGGUGGGCCAUCCUGCUGACCUUCUUGUCAGGGGUGUGUUUUACCCUGUCAUCCGGUCUCGUGAAGGGUAUUGAGCUGAUCAACCCAAUGGAGUUGCUCGCUUUGCGCGCCGCCAUCCAAAUCACGGCCGUCGCGCCGCUUAUUGCGUGGAAGCUGAUUAACCCUUUCGGCCCGCCUGGAUACAGAAUCCUAAUGAUGGUCCAGGGAUUUAUUGGUGGUUGGUUGCUGGUGGCACUGUUUAUCGCGUUCAGGAGGCUGCCACUGGGAGAUGCAACGUCCAUUAUUUUCAGCUCACCAGUUUUUGUACUGAUCAUGUCUUUCGCCUUCCUACGCGAGCUGUGCGGCACCUUUCGCGUCGUCAUAGCCAUCACCCUCGUCACAGGGCUGGUCCUUAUCACCAGACCACCGUUUAUUUUCAAUUUAGGCGAUCCAAGCAUGACGUACGACGUGCUGGGCUACUCUGCCGCCGUGCUGGGCGCAUUUCUCUCGGCGGUGAACAUCGUGGUGAUGCGGAAAUGCAAGGAGGUGCACUUCUCCGUGAUGGUGCUCUACUUGAGCGUCGGCAGCCUCGUCAUUUCGCUAAGCUUGUCGUUCGCCGCCGAGGGGCCCUGGGCCGCGGGCAUGGGUGGCUCCUUGUGGAGCGCGCCGCUCGUCGAGUGGGCCUACGCAAGUCUGGUCGGUGUCACCGGGCUGCUCGGACAGGUACUGCUCGUCAUCGCGCUCAACCUCGAGAGCGCCGGCAAGGUCGCCGUCACCCGCUCGCUAGACAUUGUCUUGGCGUUUAUCCUUCAGAUUUGCUACUGGAGCGACGUGCCAGACAUCAUGGGAGCUGUCGGAUCUGUUCUGAUUUGCAUGUGCGUCAUAGCUAUCGGCAUUGAGGAGCAAAUCGCCCAAUUGUUUCCACAACAAUGGCCAUGCUGUGUGUACAGCUGGUAAUCCGACAAGACUAAUAUAGGUUGUGAUUAUGCGGCCUUUUUGUAAACUGUCAGAAAAGAUUUAAUUGAGAAAGAUCAUAUACCAGUAAUUAUUAGAUGCAUAAAUGGCCGAGUAUACCUUGGGCUUGUGAAACUGAUAACUGAUGAUUAUUCGCAAUGCAAAUAAAAGCUAUGAAAACUUGAACAAA